AUGUCAGCAGAGUUUUCUGAGAAUCCACUUAGUGAUAAUGAAACCAUAGAAUCAAGACAUUCACCUGUUGAAGAGAUUGCUUCCAUUCAGCAGUCAGCAUCACCACCAUUAGAAGACAGACCAACACGGCAAUCAACUCCCUCUUACGCAUCAUCAACACCACUGCAACCGGUAACAACUGCACCAAUUGAUACACAAUCAGAAACCCAAAUACUAGAAGAAACUCAGCCUAUUCAACCAGAGCUUACUGAGGUAAUAACAGAUAGAAAUAAAUUACAACAGCGUGUCGAUUUAAACUCGUCAACCAAUUUUCCAUCGAGAAGACCUAGUUUAGAUAGAGAAAACAGUGAUAAAACUAUGACAAAUCAAGGAGACAGAGAAAAUAAUAUAUCAUCUAACUGGAUACCUGAACAACAAUGCAAUGUUUACGCAUGUUCUACUACGACACCAAGUUCACAAUCGGUUUUACGUCUUAAGCAAUAUUACACAAGUUUAGAGGAGUCAACAAAGCUUGAUGGAGCAAAAACUACGGAAAUUAAUAAUGAUAAAAAUAGUCAUAAUGAAAGAUCACUUCACAAAAUAAGGCGUAAUACAUUCGACAGAUCAUUGCACCGAUCAAGCUUGAAAACUAAUGGAAAACAAGCUGAAUUCAGCGAAGAUUUUAGUCCAUUACAAAACGAAAAAUUACAUAUAUCUGUAGAAGAAAUGCGCAAAUUAUUUGAGUCAGGUUUUUUUAGCGAUCCUAAUAGAAAACACAGAGCAGCUGAAACAAUAGUUACAUUAGUAAAACAGAAUGAACAAUCUAAUAAUUUGAAUAAUUCUAAAUCAGUUGAACCGAUCAAAUCAUUUCCUAUGAAUGUUACAGAAUAUUAUUCACGUCCACCAAAGUUUCGAACACCUAGUCCUAAACGUUUUAAUCUACCUACACCACCUCCUUUGCCUUUACCACCAUCCACAGAAUUCGUCGAUAAAUCUUAUGAGAUUUAUAAUGUUACUAACAACAAUAUAAGUAAUACAAAUAGAUUAAAGAAUAAAAUGAUAUGUAAAAAUAAAAAUUAUUCAUCCUGUUGGAGCCAACCUGCCAAGCCGAUCUUAUCAAUGAGUUUACCAUAUCGUUCACGAUCUCUGGCAAUCGACAAGAAGUCUGACCGAACUUAUGGUAAUAGGGGAGGUUCAUUAUCACGUUAUCGCGCUUGUUCAAUUACUCAGCGAUCACUAUCACCAAUACCCAAUACAUUAUCCUUUAAGGAUAAUCAGACUAAUAAGACAGCUAAAAAUUAUUUUCCGAAAUCUUCAGAUUUAAAAUGUUGGAAAUUCAAUAAUUGUGCCGACACUAAUGCUAAGAAUACAGAAUUCGAAAAACAGGAGCCUAAUCAUUCCAUAGUCUAUUGUAAUGAAUCUGAUGUCAAGCCAGACCAAAUUGUCUGCAUGAAUCCUUCUUCCACUGAUGGAGUGUAUGUUAGAUCUGCUGUAGUGUAUGAGCGUGUAAAUGAAAAACCCCUCUCAAAAGAGCCUAAAAACUUCAUAACAACUUAUGUAAUAUCUAAGUGGCCAAGUCCAAGUCAAGCGACUGUUCAGGCUACAAAUUUAUGGGUUGCAGAACAGUCUCUUCAACAAUAUAACCAAAGAUCGUCAACACCUCACAGAACACAAGCCUUAUCAAAACUCAGUACUACAGCUCGACCUACUGCGUCAAAAGACAUACAGCUAUAUCAAAGUAUUCCUGCCGAUAAUCCAAGCAAAUUAAAGAAAACUACGACACAACAAAAAGAUCGAAGUUUGGUGGUUCAGCCAAGAAUUAAAUUUGAUCAACAUGACCAUACGCGUACAUUUACUCAUACUAGAAAUAGAUCUUUGUCUCCACAACCACUACCCACUCCACCUCCAACUGAAUUACAUCCACAUAUAUUACGCUGCACUAGUAAUCAAUGUAGUCCAUCUCAUCAGAGUCAUAUUUCUCAAUCAUUCAUGAAUAGAUCCAAUAAUCCCGAUAGGAUGCGACGAUCAACAUAUCAUAGACCUUACUUAAGUCGUUCAUGGUCAGUAAAAUCUCUAUCCCCACCACCGCCCUUCCGAAGUCAGUGGCUCAGUUCUAUGAGCGCAUCAAGAAGUAGGCAGAAAAUAUUUAACAAAUCUCAUAGUUUAACACGUGAUCGUUCCCUUAGAACCAAUGCAGAAUCAUUUUGUAAACAGCAUAGAGGUCGAGAACCAAAUAGAAUAAUCAACUGCACUAAACACAGAAGUUGCAUUGAAUCGUACCGUAUGGAAAAUGCAAGACGCGUACAAAACUGUGAAAAGAAGGAAUGGAUAAAACGAGCAAGAGAAAUCAGUGAAGACAGACAAAAAUACCAUGAACUUAGAGGAAGCUGGUCACCACCAGCUAUACGAAGUCCACCAAGUUCAACACCAAAUAAUAUAGAAGAACGUACUGAAAGAGAAAUUCAGAAAUACAUCAAACAGCAAUCUCCUCCAGCUCGAUCUCCUCGUAUAGCGAUUCCUAAGUGUUCAAUGUAUUAUCCACAAGAGUAUGUUAAAUCUUUAGAUAAAGGCAUACAGUGUGACAGUGUUGAGGCAGAUGAAAAUGAACGUCAAAUAAUAGAUCAGUUCCCCAAUGACUGUAUAGAUACUACUCCAAUCGCAGAAGAUUUCGAUAAAAAACGUGAAUAUUUUGAGGAGUUGAUCAAAAUGAACAGAAAUUUGGCUCAGUGUUCAUUUUGUUCUGACUGUUAUCACUGUUCGCCCGGACAAACACCAAAGCUAAGCGCCUAUUCGAGCUGGGAUUCUGAAAUCAAUAAUUUAAACAGUCAGAAUAACUUAUUCGUAAAACGAGAUUUCUACACUAAACACCAGCCAAGCCACUACCAAUACCAACGUCAUCAGAAAGAGAACCACAAUGAAGAAUAUUAUCAACAACAGAUUAGUCAUUUUCAGAAGCCUGACCUGAAUUCAGCAUAUAACUCUGACGAGCAUACUCAUAAACGGUACCAAGGUACAAAGUGUCAUUAUAACAUUUACAGUACCGAUAAUGAUAAUAAUCACUAUACACUAAGUGAACCUCAACAAUAUGCUUCCAACAUGUAUUUGCCUGUCGAAAACCCUGCCUUUGUUGAGCAUGAUACAAAUUAUCCCUAUUUAGAUAAAACUUUAAUGGAUCAGCCCAGCAUUAACUCAAUAAAACAUGACUAUUAUGCAAAGGCGAUUAACGCCAUGCCUAAAGUCGCUCCAAACCCGCCUACGUAUAGUAAUAAUGAUUAUAAUAGAAAUUUUUACAGCUAUCAGGAACCUUAUGAAUCAUUUGUCAGAUACAGAAAUAUUUCUCCAUUACGUGUAGAACUAGAAGACUCACCAAACCCCACAUCAACAUGUAAUAAUCAAUAUAUGACUGAGCGCCCCUAUACAAUUCGUAAAACAACUCAUUCACCACCGUGCAGAUUCGCUACGUAUACAGCGAAUGAGCAUCACAUAUCAAAUUACCAACAACAUCAAAAACAACAAGUUGAAUCACUAGAAAGUUUACAUUGUGAACAGAAUGACUAUGCAGAAGAUCAGCCAAAAUUUUUUGGCAGAGUAAAACAGAUUGUUCAAGCACUAGAUAAACAAGCUGCGGAGCUUAAUUCACGCAUUGAUUCAGUUGAAUCAAUAGCCAGUCCGGAUAGACACCGGCCAUUAAGACGUAGUCACAGUGAUCGGUUCUCUUAUUUUAUGCCAAGAACAUCAUGGUAACAUAGACAUAGAAGAAAUUUCUCUAAUGGUCAAAAGCAGUAUAAUAGACACGCUCACACUGUUUACACUAAUGAUAAUUGAAUUAAUCUCAAAUUAG